AUGCCCCGCCUUCUGGCCUUGUUGUACCUGCUGCGUUACAAGUUAACUGCUCUCAUGUUCAAGUUCUUUAUCGGAUCACGUCUUAAAGUUGUGGAUGGACGUGGCUUCCGUAACUUAUUUCAAAGUAUUCCACUUGUUAACUACCAUCCUCCGUUAAACUUCCCUAACAUCACCGACACAGGCACUGCCUCUAACAUCAUCGACACAAGCACUGCCUCUAACAUCACUGACACAAGCACUGCCUCUAACAUCACUGACACAAGCACUGCCUCUAACAUCACCGACACAAGCACUGCCUCUAACAUCAUCGACACAAGCACUGCCUCUAACAUCACUGACACAAGCACUGCCUCUAACAUCACUGACACAAGCACUGCCUCUAACAUCACCGACACAAGCACUGCCUCUAACAUCACCGACACAAGCACUGCCUCUAACAUCACCGACACAAGCACUGCCUCUAACAUCACCGACACAAGCACUGCCUCUAACAUCACCGACACAAGCACUGCCUCUAACAUCACCGACACAAGCACUGCCUCUAACAUCACCGACACAAGCACUGCCUCUAACAUCACCGACACAAGCACUGCCUCUAACAUCACCGACACAAGCACUGCCUCUAACAUCACCGACACAAGCACUGCCUCUAACAUCACCGACACAAGCACUGCCUCUAACAUCACCGACACAAGCACUGCCUCUAACAUCACUGACACAAGCACUGCCUCUAACAUCACUAACACAAGCACUGCCUCUAACAUCACUGACACAGGCACUGCCUCUAACAUCACUGACACAAGCACUGCCUCUAACAUCACUGACACAAGCACUGCUUCUAACAUCACCGACACAAGCACUGCCUCUAACAUCAUCGACACAAGCACUGCUUCUAACAUCAUCGACACAAGCACUGCUUCUAACAUCACUGACACAAGCACUGCCUCUAACAUCACCGACACAAGCACUGCUUCUAACAUCACCGACACAAGCACUGCCUCUAUCAUCACUGACACAAGCACUGCCUCUAACAUCACUGACACAAGCACUGCCUCUAACAUCACUGACACAAGCACUGCCUCUAACAUCACUGACACAAGCACUGCCUCUAACAUCACUGACACAAGCACUGCCUCUAACAUCAUCGACACAAGCACUGCCUCUAACAUCAUCGACACAAGCACUGCCUCUAACAUCAUCGACACAAGCACUGCUUCUAACAUCACCGACACAAGCACUGCCUCUAACAUCACUGACACAAGCACUGCCUCUAACAUCACCGACACAAGCACUGCCUCUAACAUCAUCGACACAAGCACUGCCUCUAACAUCAUCGACACAAGCACUGCCUCUAACAUCACCGACACAAGCACUGCCUCUAACAUCACCGACACAAGCACUGCCUCUAACAUCACUGACACAAGCACUGCCUCUAACAUCACCGACACAAGCACUGCCUCUAACAUCACUGACACAAGCACUGCCUCUAACAUCAUCGACACAAGCACUGCCACUAACAUCACCGACACAAGCACUGCCUCUAACAUCACUGACACAAGCACUGCCUCUAACAUCACCGACACAAGCACUGCCUCUAACAUCACUGACACAAGCACUGCCUCUAACAUCAUCGACACAAGCACUGCCACUAACAUCACCGACACAAGCACUGCCUCUAACAUCACUGACACAAGCACUGCCUCUAACAUCACUGACACAAGCACUGCCUCUAACAUCACCGACACAAGCACUGCCUCUAACAUCACCGACACAAGCACUGCCUCUAACAUCACUGACACAGGCACUGCCUCUAACAUCACCAACACAAGCACUGCCUCUAACAUCACCGACACAAGCACUGCCACUAACAUCACCAACAUUUACACAGCCAAGAGAUAA